AUGCUCCUCAACGCCCGCGGUGUCGUUGGAGCCCUUUUUCUACUGCCGUUGGCGGCUGCGACCGUGCUGCCCAGGGAAGCUGGCCCAACCGAGCUCGUCAAGGUCAGAGUGCGAGAUUUAGAACGACGAGCUCCUCAGAUUGUCAUCGGCGACGAGACAACGACUAGCUCGCGGACAACAAGCACGAGUUCUUCGACUUCAACAUCGACUUCAACAUCGACCACUGUCUCAACGCCUACGAGCACGCCUACGCCAACAUCCACAUCGACUACCACUCCGCCUCCACCUUCUUCGACAUCGACUCCGCGUCCGGUUACAUCCGUCAUUUCCACCACGGACGGCAACGGCGAGCAAGUCACAAUUUUCACCACCGUAGAUGCCCCGAGCUCAUCGACUCCCUCUACCACUGCGGCUGCAAGUACCGAUAACAGUGACUCGGGACCCGGAAAGGGAACAUUCAUCGGAUUGGGUGUCGCAGGAGGCAUUGCGCUUCUCGGAUUGGUCGGUUUCAUCGUCUGGAAGAUGAAUCAAAAGCGAUUUUCACAGUUUGAUGACGAUGGAGCCGACAUCAACUGGCCGAUGCCAAAGGAAGAACUCGUGCCGCCUGUAGCGCCAAGCACCCAUGCGGCAACAAAUGCGACCAACUCGAGCGUUGACCUUACCCGGGAUCCAUAUGCCGUCCCACCGUUGCCAGCCGCAGCAAUGCCGUACUAUGAUGACCCUUCCGCAGGCGCCGCGUAUUACGACCCAUAUCGCGGACCGGUACCACAUACGUUCCAAUCGCCUCCUCCAUCGACAGAAGGUCACGCAAAUACGUAUGCAGGCGAAGCGAUUCCGAUGAGCACCUAUAGCACCAGCGGUCGUCAAAGUCCAGGUCCAAAUAUGAUUGGAGCAGAUCCAUAUGCUCGAAGCGGGAGUCCCGGACCUGCAGUAGCCUAUGGCGAUCCAUAUGCUGCUGGUCGACGAAGUCCUGGUCCGUCGCUCGCAUAUGGGGUUGCCGAUCCAGUGGGCAUGCGUGGUGGGACACCAAUGGGCGCUCCUCCCCGAGUGGGUACUCCAGUUGGUGUUGGUUAUGGUGGUGGUAUUCCUCCUGGUCUGGAUGUCCCACGAGCCGGAACGCCCCAAGGUGGGUAUGCAAUGGGUUAUGGCCGGGCAAGUCCAGCUCCACCCGGUGCUGGAUAUGGGCCCCAGUCACCUCUUGUGGAUCCCUAUGGACGCCGUACGCCCGGUGCUUAUGGCCCAUAG